CAGAUGCGUAUACUAUAAAGCAACUUUGUGACUAGAAAAGUAGCAGCACAUCGUCGGUUGCAACGAGGGUAAUAACCAAGGGCUUUUUCAUGUGCACACUGAAGUUGGAGGAAACGCUGUUGUGCGAAAGUGUGUGGAACGGGUAAAAAUCACCCUGGAGGGAUCUUGUCUCGUAGUGUGUGGCUUCUUGAACGGUCUUUUCUUUUCGCCCUCUCUGCUCCUCUGGGGCCCCCUUUAUUUUCUACUGCCUGUCUGUUCCGAAGGAUUCUUCUCGCUUGUCUUUCCGGUGCACAACACGUUCUUUGAUGGUUUUCCCGUCUUCCGGUGUACGCUGAAGUUACCUGAGUAGCUUUCUUCGCCAGUCGGCCACCAUCAGACCGUACAUCGCUCAUAAUCCCGCAUACUGUCCUGACAAUGACAUCGGUCGCAGUUUCUUCACAUUCUCCUAAACCGGCUCCCCAGAGCCAGUCAUCUGUUCGAUCUCCGCGACAGAGUUCUGGUUCGACGACACUUAGAACUACAGCACCAUCAGCAUCUGGCAACAGUACUUCGAGUCACGAUCAGAGGGGAGACGGUUCGUCCAAGGGGAGACUGACUCCGGAGGACAUGCAAACUCAGAAGGACAACAGUGGAAAAUGCCAUCCUGGGGGAAUAACGUUGCAUCGCAGAGGAGGGUCGCAUUUGUCAAUGAGCGCCCUCGUCAACUUUCUGUUCGGUCUUCUCUUGUCCGCAAUCGUGGUGGUCACCGCUGCUGGAAUCGCUCAUCUCUCCCUUCCUUCGAAUCACCCGCUGCAGGAGUACGUCGACUUCGUGCUGGAUCACGCCCCCCGUUUGGGACUUUCUCGCACUCUUGAGGUGACGCCCUUUCUGACACAAGGAGUGGAGGCACUCAGAGAGGCCGGUCAUAUUCACGCGGCAGGCUACCUGGAGAGUGUCGUUGCGUGGCCCCAUACGGAGUUCGCCUUUCUCUGCGGCUUCGCAGUCGUCGCUCUUCUUUUGGCGACGAUAGUCUUACGGGGUCUUUGGCUCUACAAGAAGGAGAGAGAAAUCGAGGUGUCGCCGCCCCAGCAUAUGUAUUGCGCGAAUACAAUGACACCAGAGCAGUUCGCAGAUCGGCGAUUCACGUACCAGGCGCUUGCUCAGCUCAUGAAGGAUCCAGAGUUCCUCAAGCUGAAGGCACAACGUGCAGUCCAAGGGAGUGAAGCGUGGAAUUGGCAGAAACGGCAGCCUGAGCAACACGAGGAGGACGAAGAAGAGAGCGAGGACAUGGGAUCUGAAGAGGAGCAGGAGAGCAACUGAGUACCUCGUCCUUGGUGUGGACACCCGCUGGCGUGGAAUCCGUGACGCAUGUGACCGUGACAGAGACGUAAGAAGCUUUUGAACUCUGUAACUCAUCGUUGUCGAUAUUCCGUUGCCAUGUUGUGGAUCAAGGUAUCCGACCCUCUCAUUUCUUUGACGUGCGGCCUUCUGAAGGUACGGGAACUCUCACGACUUCAGAGCGGCACUACGGUCUUCUCAUGUAAUCCUUGCCACGCCAGCCACGUGAAAAUGAUGGUGACGCAAGUCCGUCGCUUUUGUCCUUCAGGAUAAGGAGGAUACAUGCCUUACUUUGCAUAGACUUGGGGACUGAGGAACAUGAGGAGGCGCGCCUCUUCGGUCGUGUAUGCUCGAAACGUGGAUGUCAUUUCUUUUCGUGUACUAGCCGCCUUCUUGCCAUACUGCAAAGGGCAGAAGGUGCUCUAUUCUAUAUCUUGUCGAGUUGCCGUUACCUUCGGGGUUCUCACACAGUCGGGGUGUGGAUGGCGCCCAUUCCUGAGGCCCGGCGCCGUGUCUAGAGUCUGUAAGAUGGCUCUCGUUGACACACGUGUUCGGGGUAUUACAUUUCCGCGACAGAGCUGUAGCAGAGAAAAAACGCGUUGCUGUCUCUCUGCUGCCAUCUGUGGGACAUGGUAAAUGUGUGUGGUCACUGCUUCUCGAUGCCUUCUGGCUCAGACUGGCAUCUUGUGGAACGUCUCAUCUAAGUGGGAUCUUCAAGCUUCCGUAUGACUAGAUGGCUAUGUAGGAAAUGCGGGGCGGAGAGGAGUCGCAAUGCGUGUAUUUAUCAGGGCUGAAAAGAAUUCACUUCCUGUCCGAAGUUCGUGUACAUCCGUGUCGAACGUGAGGGGUUCACUCGCUCUUCGGCAGCUGCUGGACGCGUCACCAUGAUGUAUCUCAGAGUGGCGUUGUAUGUGAGGCUUCAGCCACCAACACAGCAGCUUGGCGGGGCACGGUGGACGUCUGACAUUCAGGGAAAUCUGUUGGGCACGCAAUCCAGAGGGAGACUGUAUCAGAAGCUGUACGCUUAUAUUAUUUACGGACGGGAAAAGCCUGAGAAUGAAUGCAUCAAGAGACCACACCGCUCGUUGCGAAGGAUGUGGGGCGCUACCCGUGCCGAAUACAUUGGGGCAUUGGGAGUGCUGAAUCUUCCGAGUGGCGUAUAUUCGUGCAAGGUGCUCUAAACGCGGAUAGCCAUAAUGUUGUGAGUCCGCACCAAACAAGUGUGUUUCACAGUCUCUGCAUGAGCCCGGAGGAACCAUAAAUAUACGUGUUUGGAGACAGUGAAGUAAUGCUUCGGUUGAGGAUGACCGAUGCAGAGAACGGUGACGGAGACAUGCAUGUGGAUACGUCUGUAUACAUACUUGCUGAAAACGACACUGCCCACAUGUCGAGAUGCCUGUCUAUUUCAGCUUCAGUGAAUGCGGCGUGCGUCAAUGGAGGGAAAACUCGGUCUGCUUUGGUUAUCGUUUUGAGAAGUUGUUUAUCACUGACUAGUCAUUCCGUCCCUUAUGUGGCUUGACAUGUUUGCACUGCAGUUCGUCCACGCGCUGAGAUAAGUUUCCGUAGCGGCGGUGUGUCUGAAUUUUCUUGGAUUUUUUUCCGUGUCAGUUUCCUUUGGUAUUCCUGCGGGUGCAACGCAAGCGUCCUCUACAGAAAAACUAACCAUAAGGAACCCAAAGACAGCAAGGAUGCAUGACGAUGGUUGCUUCUGACUAUUUCUCUUCAUUCCG